AUGUCGACACAAUCAUUGCAAGAAGAUCAGCUAUUAGAGCUCCUUCUCCAGCUCAAGAAAACUACACCAGAGGAAGCGCGAACGAUUCUGAGCAGCCAACCUCAGAUUGCAUAUGCCCUAAUGGCUGUGUUGGUGAACGUCAAUGCGGUGAAUAUGGACGUCGUCCAGAAAACCAUUGCUGCGUACACUGCGACUGCUGGACCAGUGUCUACCUCACAACCUCAUCCUGUCCCCGUCCCCGGCCCGUCAGCCCCGCCAAUACCAGCCAUUCCUCCUCACCUCGCUCAACCCCCACCUCGCGGAGGCACGCCCACGUUUUCUGCUCACCGCAGCGGUACCCCUACGUAUCCGCAACCACAACGCGGUGCCACCCCUACGUACCCGCCGCAACAACCUGCUGGCUACCCUCCCUCAUACUCGACCCCUCCACCUCAGCACGGCUAUGGCGGCCCGCCGACUGCAGCCCAGAUCCCUGGUCUCAGUUCAUAUCCACCGCAACCAGCACCGCCAGCGCCACCCCCGGCAGCGAAGUCUGCGCAGUCUGCUGCGAGUAUCCUGGCCGCCGCCCUGCAGAAGCCUCUUGUCAUGCAAAUCAUUUCUAUGACCCGGGAAGAGAUCUUCGCGAUGCCACCUACCGAACGCGACAACAUCAUUAAGCUGAGGAGCACUCUCGGUCUCACGACAUGA